AGCAAUCUCAAUUUUGCGAUAAAGACUUGACGAGAAAGUGUUUCCGCAGCGAGGGGGGAUUUUAUUUCCACUCAAUGAAAUUGUAACAGAAAUUAUGAGCGGGCUCCAAAUUUAACUUUGACCCGGAAGCUAAUCUCGUAAUUUAUCUCGCUCUUUUUCGUCCUCAGGCCGACUGGAUAAAUGCCUUCAACGCGAUGAAACAGCUCGGCUCCGACGGAGUCAUCCUCUGGGGAAGCUCCUAUGAUCUCGACACGGAGGAAGAAUGCAAAGACUUCAAAUCUUACAUGGACAAUACGCUGGGACCGAUCCUGCUAUCGCUGCAAACAAGAUACUUUGUAGAGGUUUUAAAGGAUGAUGCGACGAAUUGAGAGAUUCAUUCACCCAGCCCAUCCAAAAUGACAGUAUUCCACAAGUGUGCAUCAUUGUUUUGUGAUGAUGCAAUAGCCGCAAAGCACACAGACCAAACACCAAAUUUUUAAGUUUUAAUUGUCAACCUAGGAACGCAAGUAGUUUGUAAUAAAAUAAAUAUAUUUAUUAGAAGCAAAUGAUCUAGAAAAAAAGAA